GAAGUCAAAGGUCAGCGGGGGUCCAUAGCAGGUUGGGUCCUGGGGAAAGCAGCCCCCUAGCGACAGUAAAGGCUCAGAUGCCAAGUCUCACUCCAGGAUUGAAGGCUUUCGGACAAGCGGCCUAGGGUGUAGGUUUCCCCCAUCCCAGUCCCUCCCUGCCUGCACUCACUGGGCCCGGAAGGACACCCACUGUUCAUCAUGCUCUGCGCACCCUAAUGUCUCUAGAGAGCCAUUCAUUCAACAGAUCCCUGCAGGGCAGGCCUUGAGGAUCGAACCUUUUCCCUAUAGCCCCGGCCUCGUCACACAUUUUAUGUGCGCUUGCUGUGAGCAGUCCACAAUCUUUGGCGUGCACAGGGGCACAGGCUGUUCCGGAAGCCUCCAGUCUCCAAAGUUCUGGCGGGAGAGAAGGGAGGGGAGAAGCUGAGUCUCAGGCCGCUAGGGAGCGGCGCUGCCCCAGGGCCGAGGGUGGAGCUUUCUGGGUCGGCCGGGAAAGGGCUGGGCUCAGUCUACAAGUGAAGGCAGGUCAGCGUUGGCGGGCGCUCCCUUGAGGAGUCCAGGUGGCAGGCACCUCCGGGCCGAUUCCCAGGAUCCCUCAAGUGGCUCUGAGCUGCCGACCACCGGAUGCCCCAGAUUCCUAGGACCCAAUCCCGGAUUUCAGAACCUCAGGACCUUGCAAGUCUGAGUUCGGAUUUCUCCCUGGACUUUAGAUUUCUGGAAAGGGACGUCAGGCCAGAUUCCGGAUCCCUAGAUCCCGUGGGAUAUUCUCCGAUUCCGACUGGAUUCCAGAUCCCAAGAUUCCUGAUCUGCCGGCCCAGGCUCCUGCUCCGCCGCGGGUUCCCAGUGCGCGGCGCCCCGCGCCUGAGCGCCCCCGCAUGGCGGUGCAGUGUCCCCGGUCCGGGGCGGAGCGCGCCGGCAGCUGCUGGCAGGACCCGCUGGCCGUGGCGCUGAGCCGGGGCCGGCCGCUCGCGGCGCCCCCGGGCCGGGGCUGUGCGCGGAGCCGGCCGCUCAGCGUGGUCUACGUGCUGACCCGGGAGCCGCAGCCCGGGCUGGAGCCUCGCGAGGGAACUGAGGCGGAGCCGCUGCCCCUGCGCUGCCUGCGCGAGGCUUGCGCGCAGCUCCCCCGGCCGCGGCCGCCCCCGCAGCUGCGCAGCCUGCCCUUCGGGACGCUGGCGCUAGGCGACACCGCUGCGCUGGAUGCCUUCUACAACGCGGACGUAGUGGUGCUGGAGGUGAGCAGCUCGCUGGUACAGCCCUCCCUAUUCUACCACCUUGGUGUGCGUGAGAGCUUCAGCAUGACCAACAACGUGCUCCUCUGCUCGCAGGCCGACCUCCCUGACCUGCAGGCCCUGCGGGAGGAUGUUUUCCAGAAGAACUCGGAUUGCGUUGGCAGUUACACACUGAUCCCCUAUGUGGUGACGGCCACUGGUCGGGUGCUGUGUGGCGAUGCAGGCCUUCUGCAGGGCCUGGCUGAUGGGCUGGUACAGGCUGGAGUGGGGACCGAGGCUCUGCUCACUCCCCUGGUGGGCCGGCUUGCCCGCCUGCUGGAGGCCACACCCACAGACUCUUGUGGCUAUUUCCGGGAGACCAUUCGGCAGGACAUCCGGCAGGCGCGGGAGCGGUUCAGUGGGCCGCAGCUGCGGCAGGAGCUGGCUCGGCUGCAGCGGAGACUGGACAGCGUGGAGCUGCUGAGCCCCGACAUCAUCAUGAACUUGCUGCUCUCCUACCGCGAUGUGCAAGACUACUCGGCCAUCAUUGAGCUGGUGGAGACGCUGCAGGCCUUGCCCACCUGUGAUGUGGCCGAGCAGCAUAAUGUCUGCUUCCACUACACUUUUGCCCUCAACCGGAGGAACAGGCCUGGGGACCGGGCGAAGGCCCUGGCCGUGCUGCUGCCACUGGUACAGCUUGAGGGCUCCGUGGCACCGGAUCUGUACUGCAUGUGUGGCCGUAUCUACAAGGACAUGUUCUUCAGUUCAGGUUUCCAGGAUGCUGGGUACCGGGAGCAGGCCUAUCACUGGUAUCGCAAGGCUUUUGACAUAGAGCCCAGCCUCCACUCGGGCAUCAAUGCAGCCGUGCUCCUCAUUGCUGCCGGGCAGCACUUUGAGGAUUCCAAGGAGCUCCGGCUAAUAGGCAUGAAGCUGGGCUGCCUGCUGGCCCGCAAAGGCUGCGUGGAGAAGAUGCAGUAUUACUGGGAUGUGGGUUUCUACCUGGGAGCCCAGAUCCUUGCCAAUGACCCCACCCAGGUGGUGCUGGCUGCAGAGCAGCUGUAUAAGCUCAAUGCCCCCAUAUGGUACCUGGUGUCUGUGAUGGAGACCUUCCUGCUCUACCAGCACUUCAGGCCCACGCCAGAGCCCUGUGGAGGGCCACCACGCCGUGCCCACUUCUGGCUCCACUUCUUGCUACAGUCCUGCCAACCAUUCAAGAUGGCCUGUCCCCAGGGCGACCAGUGCUUGGUGCUGGUCCUGGAGAUGAACAAGGUGCUGCUGCCUGCAAAUCUCGAGGUUCGGGGUACUGACCCAGUGAGCACAGUGACCCUGAGCUUGCUGGAACCUGAGACCCAGGACAUUCCCUCCAGCUGGACCUUCCCAGUCGCCUCCAUAUGUGGAGUCAGCGCCUCCAAGCGCGACGAGCGCUGCUGCUUCCUCUAUGCACUCCCUCCGGCUCAGGAUGUCCAGCUGUGCUUCCCCAGCGUAGGGCACUGCCAAUGGUUCUGCGGCCUGAUCCAGGCCUUGGUGACGAACCCGGAUUCCACGGCGCCCGCGGAGGAGGCAGAGGGCGUGGGGGAGGUGUUGGAGUUUGAUUAUGAGUACACGGAGACGGGCGAGCGGCUGGUGCUGGGCAAGGGCACGUAUGGGGUGGUGUACGCGGGCCGUGAUCGCCACACGAGGGUGCGCAUCGCCAUCAAGGAGAUUCCGGAGCGGGACAGCAGGUUUUCUCAGCCCCUGCAUGAAGAAAUCGCUCUUCACAAACGCCUGCGCCACAAGAACAUAGUGCGCUAUCUGGGCUCAGCUAGCCAGGGCGGCUACCUUAAGAUCUUCAUGGAGGAAGUGCCUGGAGGCAGCCUGUCAUCCUUGCUGCGGUCAGUGUGGGGACCCCUGAAGGACAACGAGAGCACCAUCAGUUUCUACACCCGCCAGAUCCUGCAGGGACUUGGCUAUUUGCAUGACAACCACAUCGUGCACAGGGACAUUAAGGGGGACAAUGUGCUGAUCAACACCUUCAGUGGGCUGCUCAAGAUUUCUGACUUUGGCACCUCCAAGCGACUGGCAGGAAUCACACCUUGCACUGAGACCUUCACAGGAACUCUGCAGUAUAUGGCCCCAGAAAUCAUUGACCAGGGCCCACGCGGUUAUGGGAAAGCAGCUGACAUCUGGUCACUGGGCUGCACUGUCAUUGAGAUGGCCACGGGUCGCCCCCCCUUCCAUGAGCUAGGGAGCCCACAAGCUGCCAUGUUUCAGGUGGGUAUGUACAAGGUCCAUCCACCAAUGCCCAGCUCUCUGUCGGCUGAGGCCCAAGCCUUUCUCCUUCGAACUUUUGAGCCAGACCCCCGCCUCCGAGCCAGCGCCCAGGCACUGCUGGGGGACCCCUUCCUGCGGCCUGGGAAAAGGAGUCGCAGCCCCAGCUCCCCCCAACAUGUUCCACGGCCCUCAGAUAACCCUUCCGCCAGUUCCAUUCCUUCAGCCGACUCAACCACCCAGUCUCAGACAUUCCCGCGCCCUCAGGGACCGUCUCAGCACCCGCCCAGCCCCCCAAAGCGCUGCCUCAGUUAUGGGGGCACCAGCCAGCUCCGGGUGCCCGAGGAGCCUGCGGCCGAGGAGCCUGCGUCUCCGGAGGAGAGUUCGGGGCUGAGCCUGCUGCACCAGGAGAGCAAGCGUCGGGCCAUGCUGGCCGCGGUACUGGAGCAGGAGCUGCCAGCGCUGGCGGAGAAUCUGCACCAGGAGCAGGAGCAGGAGCAGGAGCAGGAGCAGCAGCAGCAGGAGCAGGAGCAGGGGUCCCAUCUGGGCAGAAACUAUGUGGAAGAGCUGCUGCGCUGCCUCGGGGCACACAUCCACACUCCCAACCGCCGGCAGCUGGCCCAGGAGCUGCGGGCUCUGCAAGGACGGCUGAGGGCCCAGGGCCUUGGGCCUGCACUUCUGCACGGACCGCUCUUUGCCUUCCCGGAUGCGGUGAAGCAGAUCCUCCGCAGGCGCCAGAUCCGUCCACACUGGAUGUUCGUUCUGGACUCACUGCUCAGCCGUGCUGUGCGGGCAGCCCUGGCUGUGCUGGGCCCAGAGGUGGAGAAGGAGGCGGUCUCACUGAAGUCAGAGGAGCUGAGUAAAGAAGGGGACUCCCAGCAGAGCCCAGGCCAGCAGAGCCUGCUUCCAGUGGAGCCUGAGCAGGGCCCCGCUCCUCUGAUGGUGCAGCUGAGCCUCUUGAGGGCAGAGACUGAUCGGCUGCGGGAAGUCCUGGCCGGGAAGGAACGGGAGUACCAGGCCCUGGUGCAGCGGGCUCUACAGCGGCUGAAUGAGGAAGCCCGGACCUAUGCCCUGGCCCCAGAGCCCUCAGCCGCUCUUUCAACGGACCAGGGCCUAGUGCAGUGGCUACAGGAACUGAAUGUGGAUUCAGGCACCAUCCAAAUGCUGUUGAACCAUAGCUUCACCCUCCACACCCUGCUCACCUAUGCCACUCGAGAUGACCUCAUCUAUACCCGCAUCAGGGGAGGGAUGGUAUGCCGCAUCUGGAGGGCCAUCUUGGCACAGCGAGCAGGAUCCACGCCAGUCACCCCUGGACCCUGAGAGGCUGAAUGAGGGCAUCAGAGGCCAGACAGAUCCAAGGAUGGAUGAAUGGAGAGGACAAAGGCAGCUUCUGACACACCAGCCCCAGGACCUGGGGUGACUGGAGGAAGCCAGGCGAGUGGGGGCCAGGACUGGUUCCAGUGAGAGAAACCAACCACAGGCACCCAAGCACUAACAGACAAAACGUAUUAAACAGAACACUUUUGAACCUUU